CCAGUUGCUACACUCGACAUGAGCUUGACGGACCUCCUCUCAUCUUUCCUGGGCACUGUGCACGCAGACGCACCCGCGGAGGAGGAUAAGGGUCAGGCGGACAAGGAGUCCGCGCAGGAGGAGCCAGAGGCCGAGGAGGAGAGCCCCGCCGCCGAAGAGGAGGAAGAGGAACCUGAGGAUAUCCACCCCGGUCUGCGGGAAGAGUGCCAGCAGAGCGCGAAGUGCGCACCUCUGACCCAGCACUUCCUUCACUGCCAAGAGAAGGUUUCCGCCGGAGAAGGAUUCAAGCACGAAGACUGUGUAGAGGAGCUCUUCCACAUGAUGCACUGCGUGGAUAACUGCGUCGCACCAAAACUAUUCAGCAAGCUGAAGUGAGGGCCCAGGUAUCAUACUUGGCAUUCGUUAGAUAUUUAGAUACCGUGCCCAUCAUUCUUCCAUGCAUGUACUCUGCAGGUCAUGCUAAUGCAAUACACACAAUACAUUCUUGUUC